AAUAUAUAUUAUCUAUGAUGAAUAUACUGCGUUCCGUUAUCUGACAAGUGCUAAUGGUUCAUUAUUAUUAUUAGUUUUUAUUUCACUUGGUGUUAUUACAUAAAAAGCAUUUUUUCCUGGUCUUAUUUAUUUUUUUAGUCUUACUUAUCAUUCGUAUUUGGUUACGUACACGAUUAUAAAUUAUAGUAUUAUACCGUCAGCUGGGUAGGUACCUAAAUAUAAAUGACCAUGAAACGGCCGUUUCAGUCAUCGUUCUACCUUACAGAGAAGAACAAUUUUUUUUUUUUUAAUUUUGAACUUCUUGAACCUUUUUCUUUUUAAUUGGUCUAACUAUAUCGAUGUGAGGAUCAUAAGUAAUUACAAUUCAAUUCCUACAAUAAUCAAGUCUCACAACGAUCAUCUAACUUUGGUCACCUAAUAUCAAAUACACCAUUUAUUUAUAAAAAAAUUUAUCAGGUUUUAAUAUAUUAUUUGUAAAAUGAGUAUACCCGUAGCAAUUGGCUCCACGUUUUUUGGAUGUAUGAGCAAUGUUGUUUUUUUGGAACUUUUAGUCAAAGAAGAUCCCGGCAUAGGAAAUUUGAUUACGUUUGCUCAAUUUUUUCUAAUAGCAUUACAUGGAUUUAUAUUCACUGCCAAAUGUGGUACCAAAAAACCAAGCAUCAGUGUCAAAGGGUACAUGAUCUUAGUAGCGAUGUUCUUUGUAACUAAUGUUUUAAAUAAUUACGCUUUUGAUUUGAAUAUUGCCAUGCCACUACAUAUGAUCUUCAGAGCGGGCUCAUUAAUAGCAAAUAUGGUUAUGGGAGUGAUUAUAUUAAAGAAAAAGUAUACACUUGAUAAGUUUAUUUCUGUGGGUAUGAUCUCAGCUGGUAUUACUAUAUGUACAAUUGUAUCAAGUCAAGAUGUUAAAAAGACUGUUGUACACGGUGUUGUGCAAAACACAUCUGAGUUGGAAGAUUUCUUUUGGUGGUGCUUAGGAAUUGCAUGUUUGACUAUUGCGUUGUUCAUUUCUGCUCGUAUGGGUAUAUACCAAGAAACAUUAUAUAAAAAGCAUGGUAAACAUCCACAAGAAGCUUUGUUUUAUACUCAUUUGAUACCACUUCCAUGGUUCCUGUUUUUAUACUCCAAUCUUAAGGAACAUGCAUUAAUGGCUUUUGAAAGUGAACCAUUGCCAUAUAUAGGAUUUGGCAUCCCGAGUACCAUUGUUUAUCUUACUGGUAAUGUUUUAACUCAAUAUAUUUGCAUAAGUUCAGUUUACUUUUUGACAACUGAAUGUUCGUCGUUGACAGUAACACUGGUUAUAACAUUGCGAAAGUUUGCCAGUUUAUUGUUUAGUAUUUUGUACUUCAGCAAUCCAUUCACUUUGUACCACUGGAUUGGAACUCUUUUGGUAUUUGUUGGUACAGUCAUAUUCACCGAAAUACCACAAAAAGUACAACAAAUGACGGCACCAAAAAAGGCAACAAAAAAGUCAAAGAAAACGAAUUAAGGUUACCCCAUUAUUAUGAUGUUGGAUUAAUGGUUAUUACAGAAUUAUAAUAUACAUCAAAUUUUGUUAAUUUUUAAUACUACUUGUUUAGAAUAAAUAAAAACUUAUUAAUUUAUUUUAUUUGGCAAUAAACUGAAAUAAUUUACAAACAAAUUAAAAGUCUUUGUUCUAAAUUUUGUGGAGAGUUGUAAUGUGAUUUCCUAACUUUUAAAUAUAUACUUAAUUCAACAAUAUAAUAAA